AUGACGAUUGCACUUUCCAUGCAUGUUACUAUUAAAUUAUGUCAAUUUUUACAAGUUGGCAUUGGAAUCUUAGCCAACACCUUCCUCCUCUUCCACAUCUUCACAUUCCUUCUGGAUCACAGACCUAAGCCCACUGACCCGAUCAUCUGUCACUUGGCCUUUGUCCACAUAAUGAAACUCUUCACUAUACUGUUUUUGUUGUCUAUAGAGCUGUUUGAAUCACCAAACUUUCUGAAUGAUUUCAAAUGUAAGGCUUUAUUCUACAUGAGCAGAUUGACGAGAGGUCUCUCCAUCUGCAUCACCUAUCUCCUGAGCAUAAUCCAGGCCAUUACAAUCAGCCCUAUCACCUCCUGGUUGGGUAGAUUUAAACAUAAAUGCACAAAUAACAUCUUCCAUUCCUUCAUCAUCCUGUGGUUUCUCGGUUUAUCUCUCAGUGCCCCUACUGUUGCAUCUUCUAAUGUGACCCAGACCAGUCUACUGAAAGUCAGUAAAUACUGUUCACUUUUCCCUAUAACCUCCAGCAUCAAGGCACUGUUUUUCACUUUGACAUUAUACAGGGAUGUCUACUUCAUAGGAGUCAUGCUUCUCUCAAGUACAUACAUGGUGACUCACUUGUUCAGGCAUCAGAGGCGGUGCCAGCACCUUCACAGCACCAGCCUCUCCUCAAGAGUCUCCCCAAAGGAAAGAGCCAACCAGACCAUCCUGUUGUUGGUGAGUUUCUUUGUGAUUGUGUACUGGGUGGAUUCAUCAUCUGUAAUCCUGUUAUGGGUGUGUGUCACCAUCAUCCUAGAUUGCCAGAAGAUUUGGGGCAAUGUCUAUGCCACUGUCAGUCCUUUGGUACUAAUUAGUUCUCACAAAAAUAAAAAUAUGUUGCAAAAAUGUGGCAAAAUUACAAUCAAU